AUCGAGAGCUGGCAUCAAGCUGUUACUCCAGUUGCGUUGACGAUUGCCAAUUGAACCCCUGCCACGCAGAUUCUGGGACUGGAGGCACCGGCAGACAAGAUGGCGAGCUCACAAGAAAAGAUCGCGGUUUACAACCUUGCAGAUCUCAAGAACACAUCCGAUGAUGCGAUCCCGAACUACCUCAACAGUCUCAAGUUCAAGCAGUCACAUCACCUCACCGAUGUCCGGCUAGCCCUGGGCUAUACCGCCUUCGCGAUAUCUGCCGCCUGCUUCAUGUGGGACUACAAGUUCGGGUUCGAGAGCACCAAGCACUACUCCGCCGUCGCAGUUACGCUCUACACCAUCCUAAACGGCGCCCUGACAUUCUGGAUCUGGGCCAAGGAGAAAGGGAUCGUAUACGUCGGGACAGCACCGAGCGGAGAGACCAUCUCCAUCGCGACCUCCACAAAGAAGAACACCCCAGUCUACAACUUGUCCAUCACCAUCCAACCGCCAUCCAAGUCCGCCAACAGGCAACAAUCCCAGACCAUCACCCUGGCCCGCCCCUUCGCCGACUGGUUCGACUCCGCCGGCCGCUUCAUCGCCCCGCCCUUCCAGGCCGUCCUGGCGACCGCCAUCCCCGCCGUCGGCCGCCUCGACCCCAAGCGCGUCGCCUCUAGUCCCGCGCCCGCCCCGUCGUCGUCGAGCGACUCCAAAUAUACGCCCGAGAUGCUGGACGCCCUUGCCGCCGCGACGGCUGCGGAUGCCACUGGGGCUGAUGCGGGGGGCCAAGGGGCAGGCGGGAAGAAGGGCGGGAAGAGGAGGAAGGCGCAGUAGUAC